UGUUCCAAAAUAACAGAAUGCGCGAAACCCUAAAAUUGAAAUCUCUCUCCUCCAGCAGCAGCUUCUCUCUCCUACAGCAGCUUCUCUCUCCUCCAACAGCUUCUCUCUCUUCGAGCUUCAACAAUGGAGGACGAUUUAAUCGAUUUGAAUAUCGAUUUAAAUCGCGCAAUAGAAGAAAAAUUGUAUAAUUAUGACGAAAACUUAGAGAAUCAUAGAGAAGUAUAUGAUGUUGAAGAUGAAGAUGAAGGCACAUCUCAGCAAGUUAUGGUUGCAAAUCAAUGUAUUGAAGAAGGUUCAAUAAUACAUUCAAUUGAUACAAACCACAACAUCUUUGAAAAUCCAAAUAAUGAGCAGGAAGAAAACAUUGAUAAAGAAUUAGAUGGCAGUUUAAUUGGAGAAGCAAGGAAAACAACCGAUGAGAUUUAUGAUCUAUAUUGCAAACAUGCUGCUAUUAUUGGUUUUAGUGUACGAAAAGGGGAAAAUAGAUAUAAAUAAGGA